AUGUUGUCAAGACGUCUCGCAACUGCCCGUCAGCUGAGGGCUGCGGCUCCGACAGCUCACCGGGCACUCCUCGCCCAGAAACGAAACAUUUCACUACGAGAUACCGCCAGAGCUGACGCUGAAUAUCCUCACUUGACUGAAGCAGAAGAUCCAGAAAUGAACGGAGGAUAUAUCAACCCACCUCCUCUUAAACGACAAUUUCGCGAUCCGUACGCCGAUUGGUGGGACAAGCAGGAACGUCGAAACUAUGGAGAGCCUGUUCAUGAAGACAACGAUAUUCUGGGCACAUUUUCCCCUGAAGAAUAUACGUGGGUAACGCCAGGAAAGGGGGCAUUCCAGAUCGGAUGCUUCGUUGCGGUAGUUUUCAGCUUCUGUGGGGUCGUGAGUAUGUUCUACCCAGAUAAACCUUCGGCGCCAAGGGAGUUUGAGGGAGGACUUGAGGCGGAAUUGGGAGGGCCCGGUGCAUUACGUGCUAGAGCUAUUGGGGAGUCGUGA